AUGUAUAAUCAGUGUGUUUUAUUUCAAUUAAAUCAAUUGAAUUUUAAUUAUUUUUUAAUUAUUCAAUUAAUUUAUUAUAUUAUUAUUAUUAUUAAUAAUAAUUAUUAUUAUUUAAUUAUAUUGAUUUUAAUAAAAAUUAUUAAAUUAUUAUGGAAAUUAAAAAAUAAUUCAAAGAAACAAUAUUAUUUAAUAAAAAAUAAUAAAUUUAUCCAACAAAAUUUUUGUCCAUUUUAUAAUACUACUUAUAAUACUACUCAUAAUACUACUACUACUACUACUACAAUUUGGAAUAAUUCAUUUAUAUGUUUAUGUAUUAUCAUGAUAUGUUGUGUACAAAUGUCAAAUUCAUUAAUAACAGGUAAAAGGAUAUCAGAUCAAUUGGUUGAUAAUAGUAUCAUUAGUAAUAAUAAUAAUAAUAAUAAUAAUAAUAAUAAUAAUAGAUAUCAAUUUAUGAAAAUUGGAUUAUUACGUUAUAUGGGUGAGGAGAUAUUACGAACCGGUGGUGUUAUCACUCAAUUAUUUGAUGCAAUUGAAUUCUCUGUUGUACAUGAACGAUCUACCUCAUAUUUAAAUAUUCAAUAUUUUAUUGGUUAUAAUCGAUCAUUAUGGUUUACUGUAACACCAUGUACAAAUUUAUUGAAUCGUAUUGAAUUUUUUGGAUCAUCCGCUUAUAAUAAACCAUGGGAUGAAAGUAAAGUUUAUGGUUUAGAAUUAUCCAAAUCGGAUAUCUAUUCUGUAAAUUGGUCACAACAAAAAAUUCGUAUAGAACCAUUUCCAAGUGAAACAAACCUACCAAAUUUUACUUUAAUGAAUCAAGGUGAUACCAUUUUAGGUUUAACACGUUCACGAUUACAUUUUACACAAAUUAAAUAUAAAACAGAUAGUUUAAAUGUACGUUUAUAUGGUAAUAUUGGUGAUACAUAUAAUAUACGUUUUAGUACACGUCGUUCACCGAAACAUGCAUUAGAUGGUUAUCCAGAAUUAGAUCAAACUUCAACGAUAUCUGUAUGUUUAGUACAAAAUACAAAUGAUACAUUAGAUAUAUCAUGGAAAGGAGUAAUUCAUAAUUCAAUGCAAAUUAAUUAUUGUGUAGUUAUAAAUGCAGUUGAAAAUCUUUAUUAUGAAUGUACAGCCAUGUCAAGAUUAAAUCAACUUUUCAAUUAUUAUACAAACGAAAAGUUUGAACGACCAAAAAUCUUUCAAGAUACUGAUUAUCUAAGACCAAAAUUAAUUGACAAUUAUGUAUAUAAAUGCAGCACAAAGUCAAUGAUAAGAAUUAAAUUAACCCCAUUCUUAAGUCAAAUUAUAAAUCAUUUACCUAGCAACAAUUCAUUAAAAUUAUACAUUAAUAUCUAUGCAAUUAAUAAACGUAUGGAUAUAAGUACAUCAUAUCCAGUGAAAAUUAUUCAAUAUCCUAUUGAAUUAUGUCAAUCUAAUUAUCAUUAUAAUAAUCUAAUUAUCAUUAAUAAAUUAUAUUAUAAUCAAUUUUAUUGGAAUUCUAAUAUUCUAUUUCAAUUACAAUACACUAAUCAAGCAUUACAAUUAUAUUAUCAACCAUGUUAUUUACCUAGUAACAAGGUAUUCAAUUAUACAAUAUCAUUAUCAAAGAAAUUGACUUCAAAGAAUUCUAACAUGACAACAUCAAAUUUACAAUCAUUAUGCAAAUAUCCAAUUAACAGUCAUCGUGUAUUACGUAUGUGUUUAGAUUCGGGCAAUGGAAUUUAUUACUUACAAUUAAAUGGCAAUCCUAAUUUUAAAAAUAGACAACCAGUGGGUAGAUAUUUUUUCUUGGGAAUUAAUACAACCAACUUACUACCUCAGAAACCAAAAUAUACAUAUUUUCCAACUGAUAUUUCCACAAUUACUGUUCAACCAUCAAGUAAUCAAACUAUUUUUCAAAUUCCAUCACCAUUUUUACAACAUAAUUUAAGACAUUAUCGUUAUACUAAUCAUCGUUUAAAACGUUCUAAUUAUUAUUAUUCAUUAUAUUUUAUGAAUAAAUUUAAAUCUAAACAAAAAAUUAUUAAUUAUUUAAUUAAAACAAUAACUCCAAUUACAUUCAAUAAUCAACAAUUUUAUCACAUUCCAAAUGUUUUUUUAAAACGUCAAUUAAGAAAUAUUCCAUAUAAGAAUGGUUUUCAAAUUGGUGUUGAAUGUACAUCACAUCAAGUGUAUAUAAGUUUAAAAGUACAUGUUAAUCCACAAAAUUAUUGGAUCUAUACUUUACCUGUAUUGAAUGAUGAUACAAUGAAUAAUAGAAAUUUAUUAUUAGAUUAUUUAAAUAAUAAUAUGACUAACUAUUGUGAAUUUCCAAAGCAUACAUUAUCUAAACAAAUUAAACAAACUAUUAAACCAAUUUAUUGUCAAACAACAUAUGGAAUGCAUUCACUUGAAUUAACUAUACCAGCAUAUCAUCGUAAUGAUUAUCCAAGAUUUUAUUUAAUAUUAAUAUAUGUAUCAAAUAAUAAUGAUAUUAAUGGUAAAUAUAAACAAUUAUUUGUACGUCAAUUAUUAGAUACAUGUAAUAUUAUAUCAAAUGGUUGUUAUCCUAAAGUACCAACAGAAUGUCGUCAAAAUUAUCCAAAAUAUUUACCAUCAACAUUUGAUCCAUUAAUGUCUAGUUCAGUUAUAUUAAAUUCAAAUUCAUCUAAUCAAAUCCCUAUUUGUAUGAUAGAUGAAUAUUAAACCAAUAUGUUGAUAUCUAUUCAUUUGAUUCUAGUCAAUCAUCAAUAGAAUAAGAUCUAACGAAUGUUAAAGUGUUUAUUUAUAAUCUAUUUAGUUAGUAUCCAUUGCAUUUAUUAUUUUUUAAGUUUUUAAGUCAAACCAAAUGAUAACAAUGGAAUGUUUCUUUUUCUUUUCUGAAGAAAGGACUUUCACAGCAAGAAUGAAAGAACAGAUUCAAUCCAGAAUAUUAGACUGAAUGUAAUACACCAAUCCAAAUGUCUAUCAUAUCUUUAUUAUGGUAACUAUCAUAAUAUGUCCUAUUUGAAUGGUAUUCAUUAUUUAUGUAUUGUUUCAAAUUCACCCCGGUGUUAUCUUAAUAUCAUUAACACCAUAAACAAUAAUAUCAUUUGUUCUAUUCUAUAUAAUCAUUUGAAUCACUCUCAAUUCAUCCCCCCUCUCGCUCUCGCUCUCGCUCUCUCUUUCUCUCCCUUUUUAAAUCAUUUACUUUGUAUGUCUUUUCCUCUCUGAUUAUACAUGCAUACAUACAUACAUACAUACAUACAUACAUAAAUUAAUUUUAAAAAAAAGGGUAAAAAAAAUGUAUUUUCUUAUAGUAAUGGGAAUAUUUGUCACUGGUUUAUUUUGUUAACGAUUUAUUUAUUUUUUUAAUGAAUAUAUAUAUCAUAUGCACAUUGAUCAUUAAACAUUCAUAAAAGAGGGUGGAGAAAGAGAUAGAAAAAAAGUUGUCAAGGAAACAAAAUCAAACACUGUUCCGUUUUUUUUUCACAGAAAAAAGGGGAAAGAGAAGAAAAUUCACAUAACACCAAAGAAGUAAUCUUUUUAUUGCUUUAUAUUGUUAUGUUAUUUUAUUUGAAAUAAAAUAUUUUUUUUGGAUAUAAA